AGAGAGAGAGAUGAUCCGUAUGAACUGACCAAAAUUUCAAAAUCACUGAUCUUCUGGGUUAAAAUGCGCCACAAAUAUUCUUCAUAUUAUCUAGCAAUUUUUGCUUUACUUCUCCAUUACUUUCCUCACAUCUGGGGUCAAAACACGUCUAAACCAUCGGACCUUUACGAGGUUCUCGGAUCGUCUGUCGAGGUGCCCUGUGUGGACGGAGCAGAAUGGAGACUUAAUGGAUCGCUCGUGGUCUCAAGCCCUGUUCUUCGCUUACACAACACUAGCCUUGACGAUCAGGGCUUCUACACGUGCCACAACUCAAACGGAGCAACCGUUGAAACAAUACGACUACAGCUGGGAUAUCCUCCACCCGUUCCAGAUGUCUACUGCUGGUCUCCAAGUUAUCCCCUAAAAGCCCUUUGCUCAUGGACUCUGCCGCAAGACCCACUACUUCCAACUUAUUACAUCUCAACCUACAGGCAACUUGAAGAGAUCUACUCAUGCAAGAGACCUAGCGAACAGGACAGGCAAUGUGUUCUCGAGGAACUGGACCUCUUGUCGAACGUUCCAUACCUGGUUAACAUCACAGCUGUCAACGCUCUUGGGAGCGCAAGCCAAAUGCUGCCUGUCUUUUUCGAGGACAUUGUGAAGCCUGACCCCCCUGUGAACGUAAAGGUGGUGGCUUUACCAGGCAAGAAGCUCCAUGUGCAGUGGUCUCCUCCGCCAACAUGGCCAGACCCUGUGACCUUUCCCCUGAAAUACCAUGUGCAGUUCCAGUGGGGAAACUCUAACACAGUUAGCGUUAUGGGUCCAAUUGAGUCAGAAAGCAUGGUUCGAAGCGGAGCGAUGCCCGGACGGACAUAUCAUAUCCGUGUAUCCGUUAUGGAACUCUUGGGUCAUGGUCACAGCAGCAAGUGGAGCGAUUCUGUGAACAUAACUUUUCCCAGGAGCUGACCUACUAAGACACAACACAUCAACAAUGCAAACAUCGAGUACGACGGAGUGCCAUCUCUUCCAAAGCGAGUGAUCUUGUCAUCCACGUGGUACCGAGGCCCAGGACUGGAGUCUUCAAACAGCACUACCCAUAAUGUAUUGAGAAAUUGUGUCAUUAAAGAAAGAAAAAUUAAACAAUUUUCAUUUGAA